AUGUGCCUACGGACCUCGAGCAUCUUGAUGCUAUCCAUCCUGCUGCCGUGUUGCAGCCCAGUUUGGGGGGAGGUUGACUGGGCAGCUCUGCUGGACAACAUGGACCUGAGCAGAGACGGAACCAUACACUGGCAUGAAGUCAAGCAUAGCAUGGGCUUCAAGGGCUUACCCAAAGACGUGCGGAAGGGUUUCAAAGAGGCCUUUAAUGCUGCAGACAUCAACAAUGACCAUGUGCUCGCUCUGGAGGAGUUCAAGGCGUUUUAUGCAAGAACCGAAAUGAUUGUGCAGGACAGGGAUCGCCAGUUGGUUGAGCAGGCUCGCCAGCGCUUGCAAGAAAGGAAAGCGGCACCUCUCGAAGGAAGCGUUAAGUCAGAGCUGUAA